GAAAGAAGGAAGUAUGAUCUCCUGCUCGAUGCUCGUGCUGCUCUCGACGGCGUUUCUCGAGGUGUCGCCGCGCGAUUGCGCUCGUUUCGAGUCGAAUUUCGAACGGUCGAUCGGUAGUAUGGGGAUCGCGACGGGGACAGUGGCCGGAGUUGGUGUGCCGGUAUCGACGAACGGCACCGUCGCGGCAGCUUCGAUCCUCGAGGAGCUCGAGAGUCGCCUGUCUCGUCUCGAGAGAAGGCUCAGGGCGGUGGAGCAACCUGUAUGGCAGACGGGAUCCGCGGCGGAGGACUGGGAGGUCUGCGCGGAGGGACCGUGUAGAUGUCAACCGGAGACUAAGUCGGUGUCCUGUUCGAGGCAGGAGCUGUUGGAUCUUCCUGCCGCGCAGCUCGUUCCUAAAGACGUCUUGAAACUGGACCUGGCUGGGAAUCGAUUGACGGCGCUCCACAGGGACACGUUUUUAGACAUGACGCGGUUGAAUCAUCUAGAUCUCAGCGACAACUCGAUCGAGCAUCUCCCUCUGAAUUUGUUCUUCUCGUUGCAAGCCGUCACGCACGUCAGACUGAGCAAGAAUCUUCUGAGGGAGUUGCAACGAUCACAGUUUUUCAGCACGCGAAAUCUUCGUAUACUGGACGCGUCGUCCAACAGGUUGCGAACUCUGCCGGAGAGCCUGUUCCUGAGCACGAAUUCUCUGGUGUUGCUCGAUCUCUCGUGCAAUCGCAUCUCGAGCUUGACGUCGGGAACGUUUCGAGGAUUGAGCACGCUGGAGGAGCUGUUGUUGGGGAAGAAUCGGCUGUCGAUCCUGCCGGUCGAGCUGUUCCACGAUCUGACGAACCUAAAGUUCCUCGGUUUGGAGGAGAAUCGACUGAAGGAAUUGCCGGAGGAGCUGUUUCGAAGGCAGACCUUCCUUCGCGAGUUGAACGUCAGAGGCAAUCGGUUGACGGAGAUAUCUGCGAAUUUACUGGCUCCGCUCGAACGUCUGCGCUCUCUCGAGAUGUCCAACAACAAGAUAACUCGAAUCGAUUCGUCGGCGUUUCUCGGUCUGGCCGAGCUGAAGGAACUCCAACUGGGGCACAAUCGCAUACGAAACUUGACGCCCGGGCUGUUCUCGAAUUCCGGCAGCUUGGAGCGGCUGGUGUUGUACGCGAACGGCAUAGAGAGCCUGCCUCGCGGCGCGUUUCACGGCUUGUCCAACUUGACGUCCCUCUUUCUGCACUCGAAUCAUUUGAGAACGAUGCACCCAGAGCUAUUCCAGGACACGCCUAAUCUGCGGAAAUUGCAGCUCGAGUCGAAUUACCUGUCGUCGUUGCCACCGCGAAUUCUGGACGCGGUUCCGUCCAUCGAGCAGCUUCGUCUGGCGAGGAACCCGUGGCACUGCGACUGCGCCGCCUCUUAUCUGGCCCUGUGGCUGCAGCGAAUGUACCUGGCUCGGACGAACGAUUCCGGGACGACGGAGGAGAACUCGGGUGUCUGGGAGUUUGGAGCAGGGGCGGUCUGCAGGGGUCCGGGUACCCUCGGAGGCAAACUAUUGCUCCGUCUAACGUUUCACGAGCUGUGCGAGGGACAAUGGGCGUCGAUGAGGGGCUUGGUCCCCCGGCUUCCCGUGGAGCACUUCGCUUCGAACGAUCCGAGAACGAUCCGGGAACGAUACGGGAACGACGGAAGAAGGGCAUCGACCUAG